AUGUUGACACCGUAUGCAGCGACCAUAGAUGGAUUGUAUCGUGAUGACAUGGGACGGAUCACAAGGCCAGAAUCAGGUGAGGAAGAUACUGAGAUGGAUGAGUUGGAUGAGAUCCACAAGCUCAAUGAGACGAACAAGCUUGAUGAGACAACCAACAUGUCAGAUCGAUUUCACAGGCUACCCAACGAAAUAUGGGACAUGAUCGCUUCGUACUUCGUCGAUGACCUCGAGGAAGAGCUAUUCGGGCCAACAGUCCUGCUCCUAGAUAAUGGCAUCGACAAGACUACCGCCCAGAAACUGCGAGAGCUGCGACUUCUGAACAGAAGCUUCUACAUCCGGAUCACACCUCUUUUCGCUCGGCACAUCCACAUCAACACAGCACGCAGCGGGCUUUCCCGACCAUUUCCGCUGCUGGUCUAUCUUUCCAACAGCAACUACAACAUCCACGUUCUCCGGGUCGACAUCACAACCACAAUCGGCCUAGCCAGCGGCGUGAUGCCCAGCCUGCGCAAAUUGCCUAACAUCCGAGCUCUGAACUACGAUUACCAAGUUCGCGAGUCCCUGACUGCCGGAGAGAUGAUCUAUGUCUGCAAUAUCAUCAUGCGCACGCUCUACGAACUGCCUCUUCUGUACCUGAACGAGCUCCGCAUCAGUUUCCCAGCCGUUGAUGACAACCCGGGCUUUUUCCCUCUCGCGUUCUCCCUGGCCCACGGAGACGUCUCGCAUGUCCUCCCGCGUCUCACCAACCUGGAGGUGUCGAUCCCCACUUACCACUUCCACGACAUUCUCAUGCCAGCGGGGGCCCUGGUCUUGAACCGUAGCUUCGCAGCCUGGAUGUUCUGGGUCAUCCACUGCUCGACGAACCUCCAGUGCCUGACCAUCCGUUCCACCGGCGCGGUGCUGGACCUCGACCAGGCGGACCUCGAUCACCUGACCAAGCUCCGGAUGCUCAGAUUGGAGGGCGUGUGCAUGUCGGCUGCGACGUUCGGGCGGAUCAUCAGCCUGUCCUACGGAACGCUUCAAACCGUCGAGUUGACGGGGGUGGCGCUGCACAGCUGCACUUGGGAGAGAGUCCUGUGGACAUUGGUGCAGCUUCCUGGCCUGCUGAAUUUCAAGAUCCUCGACUGCGCUUACUCGGCCCAAGGCGCGAGUCGGCACCUGAAUCCGCCUGUGCUGUCGCCGCUUGGCCCCGAGGUGAGCGAGACCGAGGCGGCGUAUGCGCUGCGCGCGCUGAUGUGUCGGGUCAAUGCGAAUCGGCUGGCCUUGGGCAUGGGCCGGAUUGUUCUGGCGGGUGUUUUGUAGUUUGCCUGGGGAAUGCCUGGGACCUCUGUUGUGAGGUUUCGAGCUAGGAUGAGACGGCUUGCUACAUCUUUUGAAAUUAGGUUGGGAUCAUAAGUCUGGA